AUUAUAAUUUUACGAUGAUGUCACUGUUAGGAAAAUAAUUUCACGUUUUAAUCUUAUGAAACUAUAAAAUCAGCAUGGAUACGAAACAACCAAUAGGGAAGCGACUUGAAAAAAAUUGUAUGAAAUUUGUAUGAAAGUAGACCAUGUCUUAUAGAUAUUAAUUUCAACCAAUCUAAAUAGCAUAAAAUAGUUAGUAGUGUACAAACAGGUAUUCAAAACAAAUGGAAAGCAUUUGUUUGAUUAUUCAAUCCUAAUAUUAUUAUUUAGGAAAUAUGUGUUUAUUUCAUAGCUUUAACAGUUCCUACGUAUUGUUAUGCAGUAUAUGUGUCUGUUUCGAAAUCAAUAAAAGGACUGAACAAAUUUGGAUUGAAUCAGUUUUAGUCAAUUGUUAGAUCAGUGAGUGUUAGGUUAGACGAAAGACUCUAGUAAACGAUCUAGGAAACUAAAUAAAAUUUUUAAAAAAUAGUUUAAAUAGUUUAAAUUAGAAAAAUCAUGAGUGGAUCAAGAGCCAAACAUAAUUUUGCCAAAGAAUGUGAAGAUGCCAUCAAUAAACAAAUCAAUGUGGAACUACAGGCUGCUUAUGAUUAUAUGGCAUUCUUCACUUAUUUCGAUCGAGAUGAUGUGUCAUUUCCGAAAGCAGCUGAAUUCUUUCGAAAAGCUUCACAUGAAGAACGUGAACAUGCAGAGAAAUUGGCCAAAUAUCAGAACAAACGUGGUGGUCGUGUUCAAUAUAGUGAUAUCAAGUGUCCAACUAAGACAGAAUUCAGUGGUUUGGAGGAUGCUAUGAAUACCGCCCUUGGAAUGGAAAAAGCAGUUAGUAAUCUACAUUUUAAAUUGGUUUAUUUGCGUGGACAUUAAGAAACCGACCGAACAACCAUGAGGUCAUGACCUGAUACCGUGAAUUAGAAGACAGAAAAUAUGAAUGUUCAAUUUAUGAUGAAUAAAAAAACAAAAGAACCUACUAGGGAUUUCUUGGUUUCACGUGGUCAUUGAACUUUCUUAAGUUAUAUAUGUAUGGUUUAAAUACAUAGUUCAGAAGUGGGAUCUAGGUUCUGAUAUAGGAUUUAGGGUUAGUUUAUACAUUCUGUAAAAUCUAGUCCUGACUAUGUCUUAGUGUUGACCUGAAUUUUACCCUCAUAACUAAAUUUAAGAGAUAUCGCAUCGAAAUAUGCUACUUCGUGUUUUUUUAACCGAUCCAUAAUCACUUCAUUAUGCCGCUUACAUGUCAGUAUUUUCACUAAUUUUAAGCCUUAUAAGUACUAAGUGAUAGUUUAUUCAUCAAAACGAACCGAAAAACUGUUAGCAGAGAGCAUGUUAGUUUGAUGAUUAGUCCAUGACAUUGGAGUCACUUACCCCAUACCAAUCGUUUAUCUUAACUGUUUAUCUGUUACAGAAGUAAUUGUUUACUCCUUUAUAUUUAAAUUCAUUGUUCACUACGAAUAUUUACCAAAUGGCAUGUAGUUUCCAGUUGUUUGAAUUGAAGAUACAAAAAAAUGAGUAGGAUAUCUUGACUAGUUUGGCUUUAGACACAUUUAAAAAUUCUGUUAUUUUACAGAAAUAUAACUGAACCCGAGAUAUAGCUCAAAUAAUAUUCAGAUAAAGAAAACUUAAAUCCACUGAUGGAUAAAAUACAUUAAGGGUGAUAAUGUACUUAACCAUAUUGAAGCUAUUACUUUAAUUUAUUUGUUUAAGCUUGUAUCGUGUCUAUCUGUCGAUUGUUUUUCUAAUCUUGUAAGAUGUAGUUCAUUGACUGUUUUUAUAUGCAUACUGGAUAAACAAUGACAGUAUAGAAAUGAAGUGUAGACGACUGUUUCAAUUAUGGGUAUUGUGUUCUACUGUAAAUAUAAACCACAUUAGAUUCUAUUUUAUAAAUCGUUUUUAAUGCAAUGACUUACAUGUUUAUGUUAAAAAAUUUAGUUACAAAGUGAAUCAUCAGUUAGCAUUCCAGUUAGAUUUCUAUUCCGUGGUGUUGUAAAUAGUCAGCAAAAUUUAAGUUCUAUAGUCAAUUACGUUCUCAAUAAGUUUGUAAUUCUCCAUAAAACUAUUCAGUUUGAUCACUAAGUUUCUUGUAUUUUAAUGUCCGUUUACUGAGGUUUCGCAUCAAUAUUUCGGUUUCAGUGGGUAGUUAUUGGUCAUAUAGGAUUAUUUGGAUUCCUUUGUUGGAUUAACCACACAAUCUAAACUGACAUGAUUGCACAAUAUCCAACUGUUUCAUCAUUUUAGUGUCAUUGGUUAUCUCUUAAAAUAUGAAAUCCUAACAAAUCAAAACAUUUUUUUGGCAUUGUUAACCAUAGGGUUGUUAAGUUAACAAUACCAUAGAGACAGUCAGGUGUAUUCUAUCUGCUGAAAGUUAAUUAUGCGUUACUCUGAAUAAAUAUCGUUUUCAUAUCAAACCAAUUUCCAGCUACGUAUUCGUACGUAGCUUAAUAUGGAACUCUCUCCUAUACUGAAACGAAGUCAUGUAGAAUAGCACUGAUAUUCUUCGUUUGCACAUGGUUAUUUCAUAAAAAUUUAUACGGAGUUGACCAACAUGUUCUUUAGGUACUUCAUUUCGAUUACACAUUUAUCGAGAACACAGCGCAUACAUUUAGUAUGUAGUUUCUAUUACGUAUCGACCUUAUUUAGACAACCACUCAAAACUAGGAAACGUUGGAUAGCUGUUUACUCUUAGUUUGGGAGUUGAUGGGGCUUAUUCAAACUCAGGACCUUAAGGUAUCGCUACAAGCGUUCAACCUUUAGAUAAAUGAGCGAUUACCAAUCGUUUGUUAGUUCGCGAUAUUUCUAAAUCCGUGUUCAAUACCACUGGUGAUACUUAUUUCACACCUGACACGGUUAAACAUCACUGGUCGCAAUUUCCCUAUGGAACUCUAGUGACUACCUUUCGAAAUUCGUCAUUUUUCUAAUUUUACAAAACCAAUUAUUCAGUAAUCAUUUUAUUACUUUUUUCUCUUAGUCAUUAUUAGAACUUCAUGAAGUAGCUUCAAGGAACAAUGAUCCAGGAUUAACAGAUUUUAUUGAAAGUGAAUUUCUUCAUGAACAAGAAGAUGCAAUUAAACAAUUUGCUGAUUAUUUAACAGAAACACAACGAGUUGGUAAAGGACUUGGAGAAUAUCUAUUCGAUAAAUUAACAUUAAAUGAAUAGAGUGAUUUUAAUUAUUCUAUUUUAAAUGACAUUCCUCAUUAUCAUGAUUUCAUUUGAUACAGCAUAGUUUGUUUGUUUGUUUUUAAAAAUAAAAUUUAUUUGUAAAUAGAUCACAUUUACUUCAACAAUAUAACCAUCUAGUUCU